UACAGCAACAUAUAUGCUAUUGUUUAAGUGUGGCAGUAUGUUGUAACAUUGGGGACUUUACAAAACUAGUUGUGUAGUGACUGUAGAAAAAGCACGAGAGUAAAUCUGCAUUUAUCAAAUGUAGUGGGCUGAACCAGAAAUCAUAUUUUAAAUUAUUGCAACUGCUUUGAUUUUAGAUUUUUGGCAAGUGACCAAGAUAAGCAAAUCUUAGUAAAGUGAAACUUUUUUGUGUAAAUUUCUGUAUUUGUGUAACUUUCUGUGUUUAUGUAACUUUCUGUGUUGUUGACUCUGUACUUGGGCAGAGCGAUAAGGCUCAUAGUAAUGUUGCAAUUGUUUUGGUGGACGUUGCAAUAUGAUUGGGAAUGAUGGUUCGCCAUGUUUUGAUCUUGGUGGCAUUUCAAUGAACCUGGUCAGCCUUAGCUCAUUUACUGGGGAUUUUACACUACUCCAUUUAGUACAGACAAAGUUCAUCUGAAGUUGGAUAAAUGAUCAAGGAUACACAUAUGACAUUUUAUAUGACCAUUGUUCCUCCAUUCUAUAGAAAUUCUAUUUUUAUUAUAUUUAUGUUAUGUUGUUGCUAUUUCAGAUGGAAACAUAUUACCUGGGAAAGAAGAUAGCAAACUUUAAAGAAGUGGUGGUAACUAGUGUCAGCCGUGGCGGUCCUUCAGUCCGAUUCUCAGACAACACUGUUGAAGAGAUGAGAUUAUCAGCCAUGAUUGUCUACAGUAUCGCACCAAGCGCCGAAGGUGUUAGAGUCACACACGACGUGAUUUUGUUUAUUCCAAACAAUGCCAGCUCUGAACAACUAUAUAUGGACGAUUUCAAAUCCAUUAAGGAAGCUGUUUACGAACUUGUUAACUGCACGGGAGAUUGUCCUUACAGUGUCAUAUCUCCGCCCAAAGUGAACACAACAGAAACAGAUUUGAGAUCUUUAUGCGAAAGGCUUUUGGACAAUCCAGACAUUGCUGAAUUCUACGAACCUGUGUCUGCUGAAGGAAAGAUCAUUUGUGUGACUGCAUGUAAUAGUCAACAUUCACAUCAUAAAAAAUGCUACAAUAAGGGAAUCUGCAACGUAUUCAGCAGCACUGGACCUUAUUGCGAGUGUCAAAAUGUGAAUUCCACUUGGUACUUGAAUGAUGACUGUAGCUUACCUAUACAGAGGACUGCUUUCUACGCAGGGUUAAGUGUGACCCUUGUAUGUCUGUUGGUGACUGUGGGAGCCUUGACUGCAUACGUACUGAUCAACAAAAACAAGCAAAAACAGAAAAGAGACAUAAAAGAAAAGCUUGUGAAUCAGUGGCUGAAUGAGGACUUUGAGUGGUCCAGAUCCAACAGUCUGACAGGCACUGGAAACAAAAACCCUUCAUUCACACAUGAAGAAACAGCCACCCACAGAGAGGAGGCAGGUGAUUACAGAGGUCCUGUACCAUCUUUCUAUCCUGACAACAGACAGUCAAGCCCAUCAGUGAGCAUGUACUCCGCAUCACAAACAGCAUAUAGACACAAUAUGCCAUCUUCUAGUGCUGGAUACACACAGUCUGCCAGUCCAGCCCUUCCCCACGGAGACCUCUCAUCCACACAGCCGAUGACAAUCAGCAGGCCUCAGAUCAGGACAUCCUUCGAUGCCUGAGCAGUGCAUUGAAAACUAAAAGUCUCUACUGUUUCUUCAAACUGAAGACUACUGCUCUUUUUUAUUUUUAUUAAUACCUGCUGCAUUUUAGAUGUUUAUAAUAUUGCUUGAUUCAUUUAUGUCUUAAACUGACACUAAGCCAAAGUGUUAAUAUACUGUAUAUACAGUAUUAAUGAUUAUAUUGCCCCUGUCAUCAAUGCUACCUUUUUACAGCAUCUAAUCUUGAGUUUUGUUAACACUGGAUAAGAGAGGUGUCAAAGUGGCUGAUCAUUUAGUAUUCAUUAUUUAUAUGAUAAAAGGGCAAGAGAACAAAGGUGAUGAGCACCAAAUACAUAUACUGCACACCCAUAUAAGACCAGUGAAAGAACGCUGAAGACAGAAGAAACAUGUCACAUAUAGUGUAUACUGUCAGUGUGGAGCAACUGAGGGUCCAUCACUGCACUGAGGCCCUGACAUGGUUCAGAAAUGGGGACACUGAUGGAUUAACUGAUAAAACUAGAUUGGCACUCUAGAAGUGCAGGUUUCCGCCAAGGCCAAUGGUCCAGUCUUCUUUAAUAUGCAAAUCUGCAAGCGCAACCACUGUAUAUUUCUGGACAUAUUUCCAAAACUAUCACAUCAAAAUCAAAAUGUGUAAUAGCUACAUGGUCCACAGCACAAAAUAUUUUAGUUUCAUAAUAACAGCUUUAAAUUGUGAGAUGUCUUAACUUUUUUGUCCUAGUCUUUUUUGUCUUUUCUACAUCUUCUACUUUUAUUCUCAGUGUAAUAUGUAAUAUUUUAUGGUAGUUUCUGCAUUAAAUUGUGUUUUCUAGAGAUAAAUGUGUUGUAGUUUGUUGGCCUAGUUAUUACAAAGAUUCUUUCAGCUCUGGCCAGGAACAUUUUGCAUUGCAAUGCUUUUGGUUCUAUUGUGGUUGCUAUGGACUCCGCUGAAACCACAUAGUUUGCAAAGAAUCAUUGAGUUAUGUAGUUAUCUGAGCUGUAAUGUUAUUUGUGUUAACUGUUUAAUAAUGUUCUUUCAAUUAAAAACGUAGAUU